CGGAGAGAAAGUCAGAAAAGCCGAGCGAGUCCCGUCCGUCCCUCCGCCUAUUUAGCAGCUGCGCUCGCCGCUUCCUCCUCUCGUCCUCACCCUCAAUCACCACCCCGGAGCGACGAGCGAGCGAUGGCGCGCGUCUCCAAUUCCAAGAAGCGCAUGCUCCACACCAACAGCAGCAGCAACAGCCAAAACAAAAAGGAGGACGCGGCCACCGCCGCGGGGAGCGCCGACGGCCGCCCCGUCCGCGUCUACGCCGACGGCAUCUUCGACCUCUUCCACUUCGGCCACGCCCGCGCCCUCGAGCAGGCCAAGCUGCUGUUCCCCAACACGUACCUGCUGGUGGGAUGCUGCAACGACGACCUCACGCGGCGCUACAAGGGCAAGACCGUCAUGAACCAGGAGGAGCGAUACGAGUCCCUGCGCCACUGCAAGUGGGUUGAUGAGGUCAUUCCUGAUGCUCCCUGGGUUCUCACGCCAGAAUUCAUUGAGAAGCAUCAGAUUGACUAUGUCGCACAUGAUGCUUUGCCUUAUGCUGAUACCAGCGGUGCUGCAAAUGACGUCUAUGAGUUUGUCAAGAAGAUUGGAAAAUUCAAGGAAACAAAACGGACUGAUGGAGUAUCGACAUCGGACCUCAUAAUGAGGAUAGUCAAGGACUACAACCAGUAUGUCAUGAGGAAUUUAGCACGAGGUUACUCAAGGAAAGAUAUGGGCGUGAGCUAUGUUAAGGAGAAACAACUGCAAGUGAAUAUGAAGAUCAAUAAACUACGGGAGACUGUGAAGGCACAGCAAGAAAAGUUGCAAACGGUGGCGAAGACGGCUGGGAUAAACCACGAAGAGUGGCUGGCGAACGCGGAUCGUUGGGUUGCCGGCUUCCUGGAGAAGUUCGAGGAGCACUGCCACGUCAUGGAGACUGCCAUCAAGGACCGGAUACAGGAGAGGCUGGGGAGGCAGGCGGGCAAAGGCAUUGCCGGCGGUCUCAUGCGGCAGCCGGUGGCGGCGGCCUGAUCUUUCAGACCAGGUCUUGGUGAAGGUGUGAACAAACACCGAGGAAGCGAGAAGUUGUUUAGUUGUGCUUGUGUCAUGGAAUGUGAUGCUUGUGCGAGUAAAGUGGUUGAGUUAGCUGAGCAAAUCCUUUGUAUUAUUAUUGUUUUUUUGUUGUUGGUGGAGGACGUGUGUGUUUGUGUGUGUGUUGUUUCACAGUUUUGUACGCAGAUAUGAUGUCUAUAGCAGAGGCGUUUGGUA